CACCCCUCUGUUCCUUUCCCAUUUCUGAGUUCAGACUCCAGAUUCUGGCAGACAGGGAAGUGCUGAAGACCCGAGCUUCCUCUUUGCGACCAGGAGGCAGGGCACGGACUCCUUCACUGUGUUCCCGCCAGAUUGCUAGGGGGCAGGCUGCUCCCGUGUCACGGAAGUCCCGCCCCGAGAAUACCGCGCGUGAAAACCAAAGGUCCAAAUUCCCACCACCAACUGCUCCUGACCACCCAUCACCCAAGAGGCCCAGAACCAGAUCUGCUUGGGAAUUAGCCUGGUGUUUUGAAAUUGAGAUGUUUUGUCUUCCUCAGAUGGAAUCCACAGCACCUGCUACCCGCGCAGGCUCAGCCUCCACUCAGGACAUGGAAAGUGCCUAUGGUGAUGGCCUGCAAGGAGAAUGCCUCAGAAAACCAGACCGGAAGCAGCCCAAACUCUAUGGAGUGGGUAACCCCACAGCCAUGUUCUCCUCUGACAGCUCCUGCCUAUCCUUUCGAGGAAGAGUCAUCAAAUGGUUCUGGGACUCGGCAGAGGAGGGCUACAGGACCUACCACAUGGAUGAGUAUGAUGAGGACAAGAACCCCAGUGGCAUCAUUAACUUAGGCACCAGUGAAAACAAACUCUGCUUUGACCUUCUGUCCUGGCGGCUGACACAGGGUGACAUGCUCCGUGUGGAGCCAUCUCUGCUGCAGUACCCUGACUGGAGAGGACAUCUGUUCCUCCGGGAAGAAGUGGCAAGGUUCCUGUCUUUCUAUUGUAAGAGCCCAGCACCCCUCAAACCAGAGAAUGUGGUUGUUCUGAAUGGCUGUGCCUCUCUCUUUUCCGCUCUGGCCACAGUGCUGUGCGAGGCAGGUGAGGCUCUCUUGAUCCCCACGCCUUACUACGGAGCCAUCACCCAGCACGUCUAUCUCUAUGGCAACAUCCGACUGGCUUAUGUCUACCUGGAUAGCAAGGUAACUGGACUGAAUACACGUCCUUUCCAGCUCACCGUAGAGAAGCUGGAGAUGGCCCUGCAAGGAGUUAAUUCUGAGGGUGUCAAGGUCAAAGGCCUCAUUCUCAUCAACCCCCAAAACCCUCUGGGUGAUGUCUACUCCCCUGAAGAGCUGCAGGACUUUCUGGGAUUCGCCCUGCGGCACAAGCUGCAUGUGAUCAUGGAUGAGGUUUACAUGCUGUCUGUGUUUGAAAAGUCUCUUGGGUACCGCAGUGUCCUCAGCCUGGAAAGGCUGCCUGACCCCCAGAGGACCCACGUGAUGUGGGCCACCAGCAAGGACUUCGGGAUGUCUGGGCUUCGCUUUGGUGUACUGUACACAGAAAACCAGCACGUGGCUACUGCCGUGGCCUCCCUCUGCCGCUAUCAUGGUCUCAGUGGCCUGGUCCAGCACCAGAUGGCACAGCUGCUCCGGGACCAUGAUUGGAUCAGCCAGGUGUACCUGCCAGAAAACCAUGCCCGGCUCAAGGCUGCCCACGCCUAUGUUUCAGAGGAGCUCAGAGCCCUGGGGAUCCCCUUUGUGAGUCGUGGGGCAGGCUUCUUCAUCUGGGUUGACUUGAGAAAGUACCUGCGCGAAGGCACCUUUGAGGAGGAGGCCUUACUCUGGCGCCAUUUUUUGGACAACAAGGUGCUACUGUCCUCUGGUAAGACCUUUGAGUGCAAAGAACCUGGCUGGUUCCGCGUGGUCUUCUCGGACAAGGAGAACCGGCUCCGCCUGGGAAUGCAAAGGAUGCGGCAGGUGCUUGAAGGGAGGAAAUCUCAAGUGGUAGAAGAUGCCUUUCCCUGUCACACGCAGGAGCCACAGAGCCAGCCCAGAUGAGCGGGCCAUUGCUUCUCAAGCAGUCACUGUUCCAGUGACCAGGCCCUGCAGGGCCACGGGGGACUGACUGUGCAUGCGCCAUUUGUCAGUGGGAUUCACGACUUUGGCCUCGAAGGACUGUUUCCUGCCCUCAGCUGGCAGUGGGAGCCCAUUUAAACUGAUAUUCUUCGGGGGCUGCUGCUGUCCUGCUUUCAACAGGAUUUGGAUCAGCGGGAUGACCGUUGUGAAGAGUGAUGAGUAUGGAGAGUCGUGACUGCUCCUAAUUACAGCUCCUUUCUAGGACACGAGUAAAAAAGCAAUUGCUCAUUCUUUGUGA